UAUUCGAAUCCGCAUCCGCUGAGGUACAGCAAUCGCUGCUAUCGCUCGUGUGAGUAGUCAACGAAGUCGUCGUUUUCGUUUUGUUGCGUUUGUGAUCCUGCAAGGAUCCACGGACGUUUCCCAUUUCUCUGAUCGGAGAUUUUUGGGGUGAAUUGUGCGGUGGUGUUGUGGACGAAUUACGGAACAAUCGAAGGAAGAUAAUUGGAUAAUUGUUUGUGAUGUGAAUCAAUAUGUGGAAUUAAGGUACCACUGGUGGAAAAUAAAUCGACUGGAGAAUGUGAACCGAAGACCUGUUUAGCGGAAACAAUAUACCAUCUGUGAGUGUGGGUUUUGGUGACAGGUGAUCAUAUGCAUUGUGUUCUAUGUGUGAUCCGAGAUCUAGUUUAGUGUAACAAUAAUAUCGAACAUCAACGGUUUAGUGCUGACAAGAUUGUUUUCGAAAGAGUUUGAUUAUACCUACCUGUAGUUUAGAUUAACCUUGUCUAAAGGUAGAAAAUCAGGGGAAACUUAAACAAAACAUCAAGUGAUCGUGAGUCAAUUGUGUAUGUUUGUUAUCACAGUGAUUGUGUCGACUGAAACUAAAGAAGAUAUCAUCUCGUGCUGAUCCUGAACAGGUGUUCAAGUGUUAAACGUGGAACGAGCUGAUAGAAGUGUAAUCGGACUAAUUUCCAGAGCCUGCUACAAAAAGCCAGUAUGGAGUCGGACGGAGAACGUGACAACGGCUACAGCCACUACAACUCACCUCAACAUCAGCAGUCGGCACAGCAGAGCUAUCACCGAUCCUACGAGGAUUACAUCCACCCCCUGCAGCAACAGCAGCAGCAACAGAGCCAACAAUCCCAGUCACAGAACACAGCAGCCGGUUCCCCGCUGCCAGGUUUGUCCGGUCAGCACUCGGCUGGUGGUGCCGGCAGUAUGCUAGCACCACCGAGUCCCAGCAUGCAUGGCUCCGGCAGUAACGGCAUGAUGUCCUCCCCGCUGAUGCAAUCCCACUCGCCCCUGCUUUCGUCGAAUCCCUCCCUGCUGAACUCACAGUCCCCGUUGCUAUCCAACUCCCCACUGAUGAGCCAGUAUUCCCCCUACCAAGAUGUCAUACCCACCAUCCUACCCCAGGAUGAGCCCGGCGGAUGGGGUGGCUACGCACUGGCACCCGGCCCCUAUCAGAGUGAGUUCUGUGCAUCGAACUAUGGCGUACUGCACCAGCGGCAACAGUACGGCCCGGGAGGUCAUGGGAAAAUGGGCCCGCACGGAUCGCUGAAAAGUGCCAAAGAAGCACGCAUCCGACGGCCCAUGAACGCAUUCAUGGUAUGGGCCAAGGUGGAACGGAAAAAGCUGGCGGACGAGAAUCCAGACCUACACAAUGCCGAUCUCAGUAAAAUGCUAGGGAAGAAAUGGCGUUCAUUGACGCCACAGGAUCGCCGACCGUACGUCGAGGAAGCCGAACGACUUCGAGUGAUCCACAUGACCGAACAUCCAAACUACAAAUAUCGACCACGCCGUCGGAAGCAAGCUAAAACCAGAGGUGGAGGUCCGGGUUCAAAUGGAGGAGCAGGUGUUCAAUCCGUACUAAACAAUACUCAGAACACCAACGUGAGUAAUUCCUCCCCAAGCGAACUGAACUUUGACGGUGAUUCGUCUCAACGAAUGAGCCCGUACAGUUACAAUCCGCAUUACUACUCUGGAGCAAAUAACGUCCUAAACACACCUGACUCAAGUCCAACGCAAACUCCAUCGCCGGCUCCACCAACGGUAGUACCGGGAUCAGCUUCCGGUAACAGCAGAAAACACACCGGUAACUCUGUUGAUGUUAGCCAAAAGCUUGAUGAUGUCUCUUCGGCACUUCCCACGCCGGAAAUGAGUCCACUGGAAUUGGAAAAAGAAGCCUACAAUGGACUUCACGCUAGUUACGACGAUCUGAAGAGCAAACAGAAACUUUCAUACGAAAACUACAACCACAUCAAGAGUGAACAAAAACUGCCCGCCACGUUUCCAAAUAACUACGACCAUGACAGUGAAAUUAAGCGAGAAUACAGUUCAGCUGGAUCCUAUUUGAGUUCUGGAUCAGAAAAACGAUACUGUUAUGAUCCAUCGUUGAGCAACGGCAUUCAUGAUAAGCGAAACUACCUCUGCGCCAGCAGUGGAUCGACGACGACUACUGCUAUGGUCAACGGAAUGUAUGUCAUGUGUACCAACCGAAGCAUCCUGGACCAAGGUCACAUCGUUACUGGGACCUACUUUCCUCCGUUGGCCACUUCGGAGGAUCACCAAACGUUGGGUACCACUCUCACCAACAGUCAUGUGUCGCAUCUCAGUACAAACAGCAAUAGCAAUAGUAGUAAUCACAAUCACGGCAAUAGCAACAACAUCAGCAGCAAUGUCUCAAACAGUCUGAACAAGAUCAGCAACGGAUUGGUUAGCAGUAUUCAUCUCAGCAGCAGCGGUAACUCUAAUCCACUAACGCAACAAUCAACGCACCAGGCAUCGCUAACAGCCGACCAAAUCAACAAUUAUUACGGCGUCAACUCACUCUCAUCCGGUCUGCCAGCGUACUCGUAUGCCUACAAAGAUUACGGCAUAACUUACGAGUCACCCUCGAUGGGACAGGAUGAAAUGGACUCUCGAGAACUGGACAAAUACCUGAAAUAUCCUGACAGCAAUCACAACUUCAACAGUUAUGAAUCGUACCAUCACGGUGGUGCUAUCUACGGUCAUCCGCAGACCGAUUACUACAGUUAUCAUCAGCAGAACGCGAGUCUCCUGGCCCAGCAACAACAGCAGCAGCAGCAACAACAACAACAACAACAACAACAACAGCAGCAACUACCCGUAGGAUCAGCAUCACCAGCCGGCAGUAAUCAUGGAUCUGGUUCCGCUGGGACCAGUAGUGGAAAAGCUGAUGGUAUGAUUGGUGCAUCCGGUCAUCUACCGACAACUCCCGUGGCACUGUAUGCACUUCCAUUACAGCACUCCCAACUGGCGGCAGCUCAACAGCAACAGCAGCAGCAGCAGCAGCAACAUCAGCAACAGCAACAUCACCACCAUCUCCACCAUCAGCAGCAGCAGCACUCCCAGGCGCUUCAUCCCCAUGGACCGAGCGCACAUGGUAUGACCUACGUCACCAGUGAGCAGUUGAAAGACGACGAAUUCAGCAACAUACUGGCCGGGAACAAUAUUCAGAAGAAAUGCCCAAACGCAGUUCAAAGGAAUGCAAUAACUGGACAUCUGUGAACAAUAAAAUAAAUACCCGUAGUUUGUAAAUAUUUAGCUCUAGCAUCAUUUCUUCAUGUUAAUACCUUAAGUGUACGACAAAAUGAAACCUGUAAAUAUUUGUUUAGAUCAAGAAACAGCUUCAUAUCAGUAUUUAAUGUUUACUUUUUUCUAGAACAAUGAUCACUCGUUAGUAUUGCAAUACGUUUGCCAGUUUUGGGUAAACUUUCUAUGCACUUGUCCAACCCCUAACAAGAGGAUCUUCAUUCCACACGCACACGAAAAAAAAAACAAAACAAAUUUCAAUUGGAAGAUUUUCAGCAACCCACCGUGAGUUUCGAAGAAGCAAUAUAACUAGCAAAGAACCAACAGAUCGCGUGGGAAUCGGUAUUAGUGCGCCAAUUACGAGAAACAAAUAUAAAGCAUCCGUUUGAAUUAGUUCUAGGUUUACAAUUAGCGCUUUCGUCGUUCAGGAAGCACAGAGAAUAAGAAAAUUUAUUGAAAAAAAAUUCGUCAAGAAAACCAAAGGUUUCCGAUGCGGCAAAAUCGACUGGUAUUUUUAUCGGUUCUCAGAAUGAGUGAAUGGAAUACACACUAGUUGAGGAUACCCGCUUGUACAUAGCCAAUAACAAGGAAAUAAAAGACACGGAAGGCAAAAGACACGACCUGUAAUUGAGUGUUAAUAAAUAACCAUAAAUUAAUUACUUUAGCGAAUUAUUGCGGGCGCUAAGAUUUAUAGGAAACGAUCUGUUCCUGACUUUAGAGAUGUUUCCCCGUCCGCUAGUCCCGAUUGCUCUCACGGAAACCAUCACCGCGAGACGGGCACCCAAUCCACGAUUGUGGGUUUGGUGUGGAAAUGGUGGAACAGAUUAAUGAAGUCAUUUGUAUGCAGCUCAGUUGUACAGCUGAAUUUUUGAUGAUGAAACAGAGACUGCAAUCGGUCGCGUUCGGUUCUCGGUUAUUUUUAAUGAUGAUACAAAAAAAAAUAAUAUUCUUAUAUACCUACCUAAACAUAUGUACGGGAUUGCAUGCCUCAUCAUCGUGAUUUCUUCUAAUGAUUCGUACGUUUCUGAGCUGUGCUGCUCUAUUGCUAUAAACCGUAGACGUGCCCAUUAGCGUUAGUAAGUCAAACAGGAGAAAACAGUCGUAAUUAGUGCUCAGUGUAGACUCACAUCCAUAGGCUGGAAAAUAAUUUAUUAGUAAAUUAGCUACGUUUGGUUCUGUGAGCACGAAGAUGCACUCCAGUAUGGAUGUUAUCAUACAGCCGUAGUAUUAAAGUCUGAGUGAAACAUAAUCGAGCUCUCGGUGAGACACCUUAGUUUAAAAAUAAGAUACGGAUGAAUAUUUGAAAUGUUCAAACUGAAAUCUGAAAUA